AUGGUCACCGUGUCCCAAAGGAGCCAACUGCCGAACCCAUGCGGUGUUACCUCUAACUCUGCAGAGUUCUCCGAGACUAAGCAGGCCCCACCUCAAGCACAUGCGGCUCCUCGGACAAGCAAGAGCGAAGACCUCACUUGGAGCUCGCCCGCACCCUGGUCAAGUGGAUCUACAACGGUGGCCAAGAUUAACGUUGCUGUAUAUCUACAGUUCAUUGUCGGUACUUCUUUUCAUUAUCUCACUUAUAAGGAAAUGGAGUAUCAGAGGCGCAGGUCGAGGAGCCUUCUCUUAGAUGUCUGCAUCCUGUUGCUACUUCCGUGGGUAGUCAUAGCGCAGAAGAAAACGCCUGCUAUUUUUAUUUUCGGUGACUCGUUAUCUGAUGCCGGCAACAACAAUUACAUCCGGACGCUCUCCAAAGCUGACUCUCCACCAAACGGGAUGGAUUUUCCAGGGGGUUAUGCCACUGGAAGAUACACGAAUGGACGCACCACUGUGGAUAUCAUCGGCCAGCUCGCAGGACUCAAAGACUUUCUCCCACCAUACUUGGCCCCAAACGCCACCGGGAGCCUGAUCCUCAACGGCUUGAACUACGCAUCUGGAGCUGGCGGCAUUUUAAACUCCUCUGGCUACAUUCUGUAUGGGCGGAUCUCAUUCAACAAGCAGUUGGAGUAUUUAGCAAACACCAAGGGCCAGAUCAUCGCGCAGUUGGGAGAGGAAGCCGGAAUGGAUCUCAUUUCCAACGCCUUGUCAGUCCCAUCUUAUGUCCAAUUGAACCAUGUCCAGAGGUUGUACAACAUGGGUGCGCGCAAGGUUGUCGUGGCGUCGGUGGGCCCACUAGGGUGUAUUCCCUUCCAGCUCACUUUCCGGUUAAGCAAGAACGGAGAAUGCAGCGCAAAAGUGAACGCUCAAGCAAAAGAAUUCAAUGCUGGAGUAUUCGCCAUGGUGAAGCAGCUGAACGCUGAACUUGCUGCGGCGAAAUUUAUCUAUGCCGAUGCCUACAAAGGUGUCCUCGAGAUUAUCCAGAACCCAGCCGCGUACGGUUUCAAGGUUGUGAAUGAAGGAUGCUGCGGAGCCGGUGAUUCAUACAAGGGAGUGAUCCCUUGCUCCAGCAUCGUCCGGCUCUGCCCCAAUCGGUUUGAAUACCUCUUCUGGGAUCCUUACCAUCCUACUGACAAGGCCAAUGUUGUAUUAUCCACCAAGUUCUUUUCGGGGACCGCCUACACCUGGCCCAUGAACAUCGAGCAGCUGCUCAUGUCGUAA